AUGUCAAGCUUAGUACCUGACGAGUACUUGGCAUAUCUAGCGUACCUACCGGAUUUGCAGGUAUGCGCCAACAUAUUCAUGACGUUCACGCCUAUGUUCUCGUACGGGUCGACCUGCUACAGCAUCUAUCGCCGGCAAACCUCCACCGGGUUCUCCAUUGACAUAUGUGUCACCAUGUUGAUGGCGGCAACAUUGAGGAUCUUGUACUACGUGAUCGCUCCGUACGAGAUCACCUUGCUCCGACAAUCAGUUGUCAUGAUCUUCAUCCAGUGCAUCUUGCUUAAGGUGUCCUUGCAUUACAGACCCAACAAUUACGACCCUGACUUCUUAUCUCCGAUGCCCAUGUUUCGCAAUGAAAUAAACUCCAGUCUUCCUCGAAGACUCAGCGCCAGUGGCAACGCCGUGGACCACGGCAACUAUUAUGCCAACAAGUCGCUAAUCUCGUCCUUAGGGUUCCUUGCGGCUGACGGCUUCAAAAUAGUCAGGAUCUACUUGCAGGUCAGUUUCAGUCAGGCGUUGAAAUUCUUUGAUGUCUAUUACCAAAGACCCUUCUUUUUCUGGCAAUGGAAGAACGAAGCUCCCUACUGGUCGUUUGUGGCGAAAUUCAGUGGAGUGUUUGCGUUUUUGACCCUUGUCUUUAGAAAUAACCAAACUUACGGCAAUUUCAUCGGAGUUUUGGGGCUUUUCAUCGAGUCCUUAUUACCACUUCCACAAAUAUUACUUCUUAAUAGACUCGGUUCGGUGAAAAACUUCAAAAUCAUUUUGUUGUUGAGUUGGUUGGGUGGUGACUUGACUAAGAUCAGUUACUUGGUGCUUGGAACUGAUAAUGUGUCCCCAAUAUUCAUUAUUGCUGGAUUGUUCCAAAUGUCAUUAGAUUUAUUCAUUGCAUGGCAAUAUCUCCAUUUUAGAUAUUUGGAAAUGAAAGCAACCAGAUUUGCAUCCACAUCACUUUCUAGUGGCUCAUUUCCGAGUACAGUUAGCUCUGGCAAUGCUUCGCUGGCUGAUUCCACCAACAUGAACGAGAUUGUUGAUCAGUUAUUGGCCUCUCCGUCCAAUAAAAAUCAAAAUCCUUCUCUGGAAACUUCUGCUAAAGUUCAACCGGAUCAAAGUAUAGAAUUGAAGAGCUUCAAUUUGGUUUAA